GCCCCGCUAUAUUCGAGGGACGAUGUUCGUCUUAAGAUAACGCCUUGUUUGGCCUCAUCGUCUCGGAACCGGCGAAAUCUCAGCACCCAACCUCCACCCAUGCCAAAGAUGCACCUUCGCCUUCUUUUACUAGUCUUCGCCUCGGUAGUGUGCGAAAUAAUUAGCCACGAAGAACCAAAGGGACUUAUUUCGAACAUGUUCAACAGAAGAACAACGACCAUAACACCUUUGGUGGAGAGAAGAAUCUGCGAUUGUACAUGUGGGGAAAGGAACGACGCGAGCCGAAUCGUAGGGGGCGAAGCGACAUUGAGCAACGAGUUCCCGUGGAUGGUCCGUCUCUCCUAUUUCAACAGAUUCUACUGCGGCGGGAUGCUCAUAAACGACAGAUACGUCCUAACAGCCGCUCACUGCGUACGAGGAUUCAUCUGGUUCAUGAUAAAGGUGACGCUAGGAGAACACGACAGAUGCGACAAAACGAAGAAGCCCGAGACGAGAUUCGUGAUACGGGCGUUUUCAGGCGAUUUCACCUUCCUCAAUUUCGACAACGACAUAGCCAUCCUGAGAUUGAACGACAGGGUUCCCGUCAAUACGGAAGUCAUACGCCCUAUUUGCCUCCCCAGCACUACAGAAGAGACCUACGAGGGCACGAAAGCUAUAGCUACAGGAUGGGGUACGCUAAGGGAAGAUGGACAGCCAUCCUGUCUUCUCCAGGAAGUCGAAGUACCCGUCAUGAACAACGCUGACUGCAGGACCAACACAAGCUACACCCCAACGAUGAUAUCUGACAACAUGAUGUGUGCAGGAUACGACGUAGGACUGAAGGAUUCUUGCCAGGGUGACAGCGGUGGCCCAUUGAUAAAGGAACGAGAGGACGGCAGAUUUGAACUCAUAGGUGUCGUUUCUUGGGGUAACGGAUGCGCCCGCCCUGGUUCCCCUGGAGUGUACACGAGGGUAGCACGAUAUUUAGAUUGGAUUAACAAACACGCAGCAGAUGGUUGUUUUUGUGUUGAUUAGGUUGUUUCAACCUUUAGUUCCUUAUGUUUAAGUAUUCUUAUAUAAAAAAUAUU